UGUUGCUGAAACUUGGUGAAAGUCUCUGGGAGUCCUCUCCCUCUCGCGCCCACGCACACACUUCCCCCGGCGCUCACACGUGCACAUGAGGCUGAGGCUCGGCUCAGUCCCGCCUCAGAACCUGCCGGCGAUCGGACCGUCGCCCGGAAGCGAGGAGCCCAGGCCGGCGCUGAUCCGAUUUCACACCCCAGUCGCUCUCUCUGCCGCGCCGGUCAGUCAGACAAGAGCGGAGACGGAGGAAGAGGAGGAGACGGAGCGGGCGAUGGCUGUGAGCGACAUUUCGGAGGAUGACCUGGAUGAGCUGAUGCGUGAGGAGGCGGAGGACGUGUUCUACGAGGACGGAGUGUCGUCCCGCUUCCCGGAGAUCAUGGCGGCCGGCACCCACUCCCCCGGAGGCCCCAACGGCAUCAUCCGGAGUCAGUCGUUUGCCGGCUUCAGCACGCUGCAGGAGCGACGCUCCCGGUGUAACUCCUUCAUGGGCAACUCUGCGGUGCAGAAGAAGCCUCAGUCCAAACCCAAGAAGCCUCACCUGUCGGGCCACAAGGGAGGCAGCAGCUCCAGGGAGCCCCAACCCAAACGUCUGGAGGAGGUGUACACGGCGCUCAAGCAAGGCCUGGACGAGUAUCUGGAAGUCCAUCAAACAGAACUGGACAAACUCACGUCUCUGAUGAAGGACAUGAAGCGAAACUCUCGACUGGGAGUGCUGUACGAUCUUGACAAGCAAAUGAAAACCAUCGAGAGAUACAUGAGACGUCUGGAGUUUCACAUCAGCAAGGUGGACGAGCUCUAUGAGGCCUUCUGCAUCCAGAGCCGCCUGAGGGACGGUGCCAGCCGCAUGAAGCAGGCCUUCUCCUCCUCCCCCUCCACUAAAGGCACCAAGGAGAGCAUCGCAGAGGUCAACCGGCGGUACAAGGAGUACACUGAGAAUAUGGGAACAAUUGAAAAUGAGCUGGAGAACCUGCUCGGGGAGUUUCACAUCAAGAUGAAAGGUUUGGCGGGUUUCGCAAGGCUCUGUCCUGGAGACCAGUAUGAGAUCUUCAUGCGCUACGGCCGUCAGCGGUGGAAGCUGAAGGGGAGGAUUGAAGUGAACUCCAGGCAGAGUUGGGACGGAGAAGAGAUGGUUUUCAUGCCCCUCAUCAGCGACCUCAUCAACAUGAAGGUGACGGAGCUGAAGGGUCUGGCCACUCACAUACUGGUGGGCAGCGUGAUCUGCGAGACCAAGGAGCUGUUCACUGCCAUGCCUCAGGUGGUGGCUGUGGACGUCAACGACCUGGGGACCAUAAAGCUCAACCUGGAGGUCACGUGGUACCCGUUCGACGUCGAGGACCUGACGCUGUCCUCCGGCAACGUGAGCAAAGCCACCGCUCUGCAGAGGCGGGUGUCGGUGUACAGCCAGGGCACGCCGGAGACGCCCACCUUCCAGGACACGUCCUUCUUUUCCACGCUACCGGACGACGUCUUCGAGAACGGCGGCUGCGGUGUGGCCGAGUGCAAGCGUCUCUCCUUCACCUUCUCCGACACCUCCGGCUCCACGCCGAGCCCCAGUCCGGCCCCGAGCUCGCACUCCCCCGGCCAGUCCAACCCCGAGAUCACCGUCACCCCCCCGGAAACGGAGCCGCCGCCCACGCAAACCCUCCCGACCAGAGAGGACUCGAUCCCAGAGGAGCAUUUGGUGGAGGAAGAGGAGGAGGACGAGUACGAGGAGGACGGGGAGACGGGCAGUGGAGGAAGCAGUGGAGGAAGCAGUGGAGGAAGCAGGGGCACCAGCGGCAGCCUGGCCAGCGAUGACGCUGAGGCGGCGGAGGACUCGGAGUGGGAGCGCACUGAGUCCCAGCGCAACUCCAGCUCCAACUGCGGCUCGGCGGCGCCGUCCUUGUGCUCUGACGGCCACCUGUCCACGGUGGCGCCGGAGGACGUUUUCCUAGAUCACAGCGACGAACUGAAACCCGUGGAACUGGACACGGAGGAGGCCGGCAGCCUGACCAGGCAGCUGGUGAGGAGGCUGACGUCCUCGGAGGCGGAGCAGCCCGGCGGGAGCCCUGCGGAGGGCGGGGGGGGCCCCAGCUGGGCUGGGGAGGGCAGCCGGGCGUUCCUGGAGAGCAGCCUGGAGGAGGCCAUCCACAGCCUGUUGAUGAAGCUGGAGGCCCUGACGCACCGCUGCCGAGAGCUGCAGGACCUGGAGCAGGAGGUGAUGCGGCUGGAGGAUCUACUCAAGUGUCGCCUCCCCGGACACAGGAGCCGCUCGUCCAGCCUCAGUCUGACAGUGGAAAGUGCCCUGGAGAGCUUCGACUUCCUCAACACGUCUGACUUCGACGACGAAGACACUGGAGACGAUAGCGCUGUGCCGAGCGCUCCCCCGCAGAGGUCUCCGCUUUUCGACGCAGACGGAGAAAGGAUUGGGGUCCAGCAUCCAGAGGCCAGAGGACACCUGAGCGAGGCCCUGACGGAAGACACGGGGGUGGGAAACAGCGUGGCGGGAAGCCCGCUGCCUCUCACCACCGGCAACGAGAACUUGGACGUGGCCAUCGUCAUCCACCUGCAGUACUGUAACCACCUCAUACAGGUGUUAAGCAGUGGGGUGAGCCAGUGGAAACGUCGCAGUCUGCUCCUGAAACUGUCCGGACAGACUCAGCUAUUGGAGGAACUGGCAGAGAUCAGUGUGGACAGACUGGGAGCAGUAGCGUCUGCCGCUGAUGUUCUCCCGGGCCUGGCGGAGCGCCCCGAGUUGAUGAGCCUGUGGUCGGAGUGCAGCGGGUCUGCGGGGCUUUUCCACACCACUCUGGACCGGGUGUUCAACCACAUGAGCCAGCGCUACGCGGCGGCGCUGCAGGACAAACACCCGCACGGCUCCGACUCAGUGAUUGGGGUCGUGGUGGGUGAGAUGGUGGACAGGGGCGACCUGGUGCCGUCCCCCGCGCUGUCCCGGGACGUCCUCACCGUGUUCCAGUUCCACAGCUACAUAUCACAACAUGAGGUUCAAGACAUGGAGACGCAUCUGCUGCACUUGGCCAGGGAGGGGCUAUUUGCCGAGGCUCUUCAUGACGGAGAGCGCUCCCGGUGCCUGUCGGAGCUGGAGGAGGUGCCGGUGUCGUCCCUGUGGCCCCGGAGCGGCACGCUGAGGGCGCUGGCCUUCCUGCUCACGGUCGGAGACCCCCAGCUCAACAAGGCGGCGGCGGACUACCUGUCCGCUGGGGCGUCGCUCGGCAACUUCAAGGCCAGGGCGGUGGAGUGCUACACGCAGGCGCUGUCGGAGGCCGGGGUCCAGAGCCAGAGGGCCGCCUGCUCAGCCCUCAGCUGCCUGCGGGCCGUAGAGAGCAUCAGGGCGGUGGUAGCGCUGUGCGAUUCAGCCGACGAGGAGCUUCGCCACGUCGCCAUCGAAACUCUCCUCGCGUUCGGUGACGAGGGCCGGCUGGCGUACGAGCAGCUCGACAUGGUGUCGGGGGAAGUGAUCCGUUUGGGCACGCGGAGGGGAAACGCCGUCACCACUGCCUUCUGAGCCCCUGUGCCACUCCAUCCACCGCAUCCUCCGCCCGGGCCCGACCGCACCCCGCUCACCUCACCGGGCUGUUAAUGACUGAUCAGUUUAAUGAUCUGCUUCCUGGAACACACGUUAACAUCCCCGCGCCGCCACACGUACUCUCACUACGCUGCCUCGAAAAAACUAAAAUAACUCCAAGCUAACGAAUCCUCUCAUCCACACACACGAACAUAAGUCUGAGUCCUCGCUCCUCCACCACUGCUCCUCCUCAGCCCCUGCUUUCUGAGCCAGGCAGAUAUGUCGCCGUAUAAAUGGACAGCAUGAAUUUGGCACAAAGCCGCUGAAAGCUGCUCCAAAGACAGUUGAGACUGGAAAUCAAGGAAUGCCCUUAACACACACUUCUGUCAAUAAGCUUAGUCACUGCACAUAUCACAUGUAUUUCUUAUUCACUGAUUAUCAUCUUGAGCAUUAUAGUCAGUUGUGUCACGCCAAUAUACUAACUAUGAUCUUUGUAUAAUGUUUAUUACAUGUUUUAGUUGGUUUGCACUGUUGUACGGCAUGUAAAUAAGGCAUAUUUUACACAGUAGGUGUAAUCUAUGUGGUUGUAUUUCUAAUUCAGUUUUCUAGUACGUUCCAUAUUAAGUUUCAGGGUUUCUUGUAUGACUGAGACGUUUGGGCUUUUGAGGCAGGGAGGACCAUCAAUAGGCUGUGGAUGACACCAUCCAUUGGAAAGCGAUUAAAGGGCCGUCGUUUAGCCACAGUUUACAGACUUGAACAGACUGGACCUCAUUCAUCUGUCAGCAGAGAAGCAGGAUAGUAAUUAGCCCCUAAGGGUCACUCACUCAUCUGUGCACAAGUGCAAUUUUUCUGUACAUACGCGUCUCUUGACACAUUUGAUAAUGUCCGCUUUGACCAUUUGAGCCUUGUUGUGGUUGAGCAGACAGGUUCCUCGAAUACGCUCCUUUGUUAAUGUAUUUUUACUACAAGGUGAGGGCAAUAAAUUAAGCUCGGGGUCAAGAGGUCAUGCACUUUCUCAAUAAAUGCACAGGAAGGAGGAUCCUUAGGCAGAGUAUAGGUGUAGCCUGUGGACUAGUUGCACAGUAUGAAAGAAUAGCAGGAUGAGAUGUGAGAUUAAACUAAUGAGAGGAGGCUGCUGAAUUAGGUGGGUUUUUUUUCGGCACAUCUUGGGUCUGUUUUAUUUCCUCACAAAUUGACCUGAGUCAAGCCUCUAAUUCCAACUUUUUCUCAUUUUAACUAUACUACUGAGUCUGGUGCUAGAGCACAAUGACAAAACUCACAGAUCACAACUUAUUUAUUAUUCACUCUCUUGUAAUUCUAAUAUUUUUUUGAGUUCUACUGGAAUAGUGCAGAUGGAAUUUUUAUGUAAAUGAAUUGUAUAUUUAUGUUCUAUUCACAGCAGGUCUAGUAUUUGAAUGAUAGUUUUUAGACCUCCGUGUCAUUACCAUGCAAAUGAUCUCAUGCUUAAUUUUAAUUGGAGUUUAUUUUGGAAGAUUUAUAUUAGAUAAUUAUUAUUUUGAAAAAGAUUAAGAUUUACUUAUAGUAUUAUAGAUUUUCUUCCCUAAACAGUUCCAAACCUGUGUAUCUGAAAUAUUACUUUAUUCUGUAGAUUUACUCUAACCAAAGGAAAGUUCAUUAUAAAGUGGUCUUUCAAUAAAGGUUCAUGCUAAUGCAGAAUGUAUUUUAAUACAUUUGCAUUUUGGCCAGAAUACCCAGACUUUUAGAAGCACAACGUAAAUGAAACAACAAUUAAACCCCAUAAUAUACAUGAAUCCAGCAACGUUUGGUUGUAAAUGCACAGUACAGAAGCCAUACUGAUGAGAAACAAGUAAUAUUUUUAUGAAACCUAUUUUUCUUUUGUAUAAUGUAUAAAUGUGUGAUGCUUACUAAAUCCUGAAGAUGCUAAGCCCCUCCCCCCACAUUCAGCCUUUUGCAACCAACCUGGUUCACAUUUCAAGUAUCAAUUGCUUUUAUUUCUUCAGUAGAAUAAACAUUACAGUAUUUUGUUACAGUAUACUUCACAAAUUCAGCUUGUGUCUUUUUACAAACAAGAGAUUAACCAGUAUUAAGUUGGUUUGUCUACUUUUCAGUUCCUAACCAUCAAGUAAAAGGUCAUUUACUGGUUUUAAUAACUUGGUCAUACUUGCUGAGAAUGAACUUUUAUCUCUGUAGGCGAUAGCUUCAUUUAGUUGCAUACUAUUCUCCAUUGUGAUUAGCAGCUUUUCCUCUGCUCAAAGUUGCAAUAAAGUUUAUUUUUGCAUAAUUAUAA